AUGGACCGUCCAAAUUUUAACACUCGGCGCUCUGUAGAUAGCGCUCGCUCGUUUGCUGCUCCUGCCUCGCCUGCCUCUCCUGCUUUUGCUACUGCGCCUACCUCACCCUUCAAUAAUCAUCCUCCUGCCUCGCCUUCCCAUACAUCGACAAACAACACUUCCGCACCGACUGAGAUCCUUCCGCGGACGAGACCUGGCCGCUCUGUCUCCCAUUCGCUCAACCUUUCGUCUACCGCCAGCAGGAAGAGCCGACAGGCCGAGCCUGGAACAAGCGACGCCCACUCUGCCGCUGCCAGUUUGUCCAUGCCCCCGCCGUCUUCCGUCCCCUUGAAGAGUCCUCGAAGCUCUUUCUGCCGCAGUCGUCGAGAAUCAAACAAUUCCUUAGAGGCGUGGAGCGACUCUGGCCUACAGUUGGCCGACGCCGACGAAACUGAUACCCCACGUCGCAUGGCUGGACCUGGCCACCAGCAAGAUCCCACCGCCCCAUAUCGCCCCCUCCCCGAGCCCGCCCUCACAACCCGCAAUUCUUUUUCCUCCGAGUCGGAACUCAAGCGCGCCUCAAUCUCCAGCGCCUUGUCCGUAUAUUCACUGGCCUCAGCCCGCGGCGUCAUCCCGACUUCUGCACCCGCUGCUGUUCAUUCUUCAGCAGCUUCCACCAACGGUUCCGACAGCGGUCCUCCUCGUUCGGUUUCUGGAAUCAUGUCGUCCGGCAAGCCUAUCGCGAAUGCCUCCCACCCAGGCGCCGAGGUUUCCAACGUGACCGUCACCACCUCGUCCAACGCACAGAAUGGCAAUGCCGCCGCAUCUGGCGCUCAUCACCUUACGCCGCGCGACAACCAUAAUCACACCCACCACGAUUUGAUCAAGCGUCCUCAUCGCGAUAACCACCGUUCCCAGCCAACUAGAUCCCGCAGCCGGAACAAGCGCAGAUUCAGCGGGAGCACCGGUGCCAGCAGCCACAGCCCUAGCAGCGAUCGGGGUCCAUACCACAGUGGAAAAGAAAAAGAAGAGGGUCAGUCAAGAGAAACAAGCGCGCCACGUCAACGGGUUCCGACAAACUCUAAUGCACCUGCAGUCAAGCCAGCGCCUUGGGGUGUCAUUGGAGUGUGCGCGUUGGACGUCAAGGCUCGUAGCAAACCUAGCAGAAAUAUUCUGAAUCGCCUCAUCGCCAACCGUGAGUUCGACGUGGUUGUAUUCGGUGACAAGGUCAUCCUAGACGAAGAGGUUGAAAACUGGCCGAUUUGUGACUAUCUGAUCUCCUUUUACUCCGAUGGCUUUCCAUUGGACAAGGCCAUCGCCUAUGUUAAGACGCGGAAGCCGUUUUGCGUCAACGAUGUCCCGAUGCAAAAGAUUCUUUGGGAUCGCCGUCUCUGCCUGAACAUUCUGGACCGUAUAGGGGUCCCGACACCCAAACGUAUCGAGGUUAACCGCGAUGGCGGCCCAAAGAUUUUGACCCCGGACACGGCCAAGCACAUUAAGGACGUAACAGGCAUUACCAUGGAUCCAGAGGAGUUGGGUUACAACCGCCUACCGCGAAAGGUUGAAUUGCUAGAUGACGGCGACAUUCUCAGCGUAGAUGGCGCUUUGCUCAAGAAGCCGUUUGUCGAGAAGCCAGUCAGCGGCGAGGACCACAACAUUAUCAUCUACUUUCCCAAGGCAACAGGCGGUGGUGCCCGGAGACUUUUCCGCAAGAUUGGCAACAAGAGUUCCGAAUAUGACCCCGAAUUGAACACUCCCCGUGCGAUUCUCGAACCCGAAAAUAGUUACAUCUACGAAAAGUUCAUGCGGGUCGACAACGCCGAAGAUGUCAAGGCGUACACUGUUGGGCCCAAUUACUGCCACGCUGAGACCAGAAAGUCCCCAGUGGUCGAUGGUGUUGUCAGGCGUAAUACGCAUGGCAAGGAAUUGAGAUAUGUGACGGGUCUCAACGCAGAGGAAAAGGAAAUCGCGAGCAAGAUCUCAACUUCUUUCGGCCAGAGAGUCUGCGGGUUCGACUUUUUGCGGGCUGGUGGCAAAAGCUACGUGAUUGACGUCAAUGGCUGGAGUUUCGUCAAGGAUAAUGAUGACUACUACGACCAUUGUGCCAACAUUCUCAAGGAAGUUUUCGUGAAAGAGAGACUGAGAAGGGGCGGAGUCACCUCCCCUGCCCCAUCUCCUGCGCCUUCUGACAUUACGGACCCAUUGGCGUUACGAGGCAAGGAAAAAGACUCUCAGUCUACUACUGCGCCUCCAUCUCAGAACAAGUCCUUGACCAACAUGUCGACUGCUUCUGACAAACAACAACCAGAGCCCAAGACCGCACCCAUGAACGUGCCUUCGCAGAAGUCCGAGAGCGGGCUGGCAUCAACAGUCACUAGUUCAUGCACCAGUCCGACACUGCCACCACCACCUCCGAUCAUGGACCCGGCCGUUGCGAGUGUUCCAUCUACAACGGCGUCAGCAACGCCAUCUGCAACACCAUCACUCCAAGGUGAAGUUACAGCGCCGCAAGAAGAGGCACCCGCGCCGCCUCCACCGAAGCAUUCAUGGAAACUGAAGGGUAUAGUGUCUGUCAUCCGCCAUGCGGAUCGUACCCCCAAGCAGAAGUACAAGUUCACUUUCCACACAGCGCCCUUUAUUGAACUGCUCAAGGGACACCAAGAGGAAGUACUGCUCAUUGGUGAAGCGGCCUUGGCUAGUGUUUUGCAGGCUGUUGAUGUCGCGCUGAGGGCUGGUGUUGAGGACCGUCAGAAACUCAAGUCUCUCCGCAACGUCCUCGUUAAGAAAGGCGGAUGGGCAGGCACCAAGGUGCAGAUCAAGCCCAUGUUCCGGAAAAAGAAAACUGAAGACGUAGCUGUUUCGUCAGGCGACGAGCUGUCGCAGGUCCUAAAGGAAGGUGUCGAGACUGAUUUUGCGGAGAAAUCGGAGGAUGGUGCCACAAAGACGGACAACUCCUCCCCGUCACGAAAACCACCCAAGAGGCAUGACUCCCUCUCUGGUGUCACCAUGUCCCGAAUCACUGCAGCAGAGGAGAGUCUUGUGCUUGACAAACUUCAGCUCAUUGUGAAAUGGGGUGGCGAGCCGACUCACUCAGCACGUUACCAAGCCCAGGAACUGGGCGAAAACAUGCGAAACGACUUCAACCUUCUCAACCGAGACGUUCUCGACGAAGUCCACGUGUUUAGCAGUUCCGAACGUCGGGUUACCACUAGCGCCCAAAUCUGGGCAUCUUCAUUUUUGGACAGGAAAGAUCUUCCGGAGGACUUCAUUACCAUUCGCAAAGACCUUCUCGAUGACUCGAACGCCGCCAAGGACGAAAUGGACAAGGUCAAGAAGAAGUUGAAGGGCCUUCUGCGCAAAGGCAAUGAAAGACCCCCUCAAUUUGCUUGGCCGGAGAAGAUGCCAGAACCGUCAGAAGUGCAGACCCGCGUCGUUCAACUGAUGAACUUUCAUCGUCGUGUGAUGCACCACAACUACGCAAAGCUACAUAACGGCAGUGCCGUUGCAUCCUUGAACAACCACAUUGUGAACCCCGGUUCGGAGAAGUCCCACAACGGGGAGGUGUCGGUACCUACAAGCUCCGCAUCGUCGUCGCUUUCCCAGGCGAACGCGGUGAAUACCAUACAAACUCGAUGGUGUUGUGGUGAAGAUGCGGAGCUAUUCAGAGAACGUUGGGAAAAGUUGUUCGCAGAAUUCUGCGACGGAGAAAAGGUUGACCCCAGCAAGAUCUCCGAGCUCUACGACACGAUGAAAUUCGAUGCUCUGCAUAACCGCCAGUUCUUGGAAUGGGUCUUUACACCGCCUAAAGUCAUGCUGGAAGAGGAGUAUGGCGCCAGAGACAGGGAAAGCAAAGAGUCUGGCAAGGAUGGCAAAUCUGCGGAAAAAACAACGGAUGAGGGGAAGCUGUCUCAGGAGUCGAAAGAGGAGAGGCGGGACGUAUCGGGAUCCAGUGACAAGCCAGAGAAGAGCGAGGCCAGCAAGAGUUCUGCAUCUGUCAGGCGCAUCUUCCGUCGCCGGUCGUUCCUGAAUGGCUUGCGACACAAUGGAGAGCCUGCUGCGCCGGAGCAGUACUUCCAUCUCUACAAGGGCAACACUCAGACCAAAGCCAAGACCGACGCCCGAUUCGAGCCACUACGUGAGCUUUACCAGCUCGCCAAAGUGCUGUUCGAUUUCAUCUGUCCUCAAGAGUACGGUAUUUCUGACAGCGAAAAGCUUGAGAUUGGCCUCUUGACAUCCCUACCGCUACUGAAGGAGAUUGUCCAGGAUCUUGAGGAGAUGCAGGCAUCCAACGACGCAAAGUCCUUCUUCUACUUCACGAAAGAGUCCCAUAUUUAUACCCUCCUCAAUUGCAUCUUGGAAGGAGGCAUCGAGACGAAGAUUAAGCGCAGCACUAUUCCAGAGCUUGAUUAUCUCUCGCAGAUCUGCUUCGAGUUGUACGAGUCAGAGAUUAAGACGCCCACUGACUCGCCCGGUGGGGGAGAGGAGCAGACAUUUGCAUACAGCAUUAGAAUUACCAUCAGUCCCGGCUGCCACGUCUACGACCCCCUUGAUGUGCAAUUGGACAGCAAGCACAGCAUCAGUUGCGCGCCGCGUCGUAGUUUGACCCCUCACGCAGACUGGAUGCAGGUGAUCCGUACGCUGAGGGCCAAAUUCAACCAAGUAAAACUGCCAAAGACGUUCCUCGCUAUCAACCUAUCAGAUCUGUUCUCCUUUGAAGAUCACGAGAAACGCGAAAGUGACAAUGAGGGGCUAGAAAUGAAGCCUCUGCAUCCAAAGCCCAAGGCGGGGGAUGCCGCGAACCAACCGGCUGCCAUGUCGUCCGAGGAGCUAGUUUCGGUUGGGGACCUACUUACAUCACCUACCAAGAAACAGGAGGAGCCUGUGAGCCCCAGAACUAAGGUUGAUGAUGCUCCGCCUGCUGAGGUGACAGCUGACGCAACUACGCAAGAGACGGAAUAA